GUAAGAAAAGCCAUUAUCUCUAGACAGUUAUUGAGAUAGAAUAAGCUUUUGAAUUCAAGAAUCUCGACUGCUUUGCCCUUGGAGUCACCUGCUGGUUUCACUGGAUUCUGAACCAAUUCCAAGCUGCGGCUUAUUAAUGUUUUUUUCUUAAGAGGAAAAGGCUUAGGUGGGGUUUCUAGGGAUGGAAAAAGACAAGUGGGGUUUACUGGAAAAGAAGACCAAAGGUGAAAUUCUGGUUAGAGCAGUUGCAAAGUGAUAAGGGAGCAACAUUCUAUCUGAGCCAAUUCCUUCAUGGUUCGUUUUCCCAGAUAUUUCUGUGAUCCUAUUAACCUGGUACCUAUCAAACUAUGCCACGUUUGCUUAAAUAUGCUUUUAAGGAAAGACAAAUAGUUUCUCCUCCCUUCUCUUUCAUGCAGUGAAGAUUUUUUUUUUUUUAGUUAGAACAUACUACCUCUCCAGUGUAUUUCUCAGAAUGUCUGGACUGAAUGUCUCAAUCAUUUUUUUCUUCUCAGUUGUAACUCUUUGUGAAUUUGCUAGGCGAUUCUUCAAGAGAAUUUUUCCAUCUAAGGUGUAUUUUUGUUUUGCUGGUGAAUUAGCCAGUUCCUUCCAGAUAUGUGCUUGCUACCUUGAAUUGAAGAUGCUAAGGGAGAUUGGCCCAUGGGGUGGUGGCUUUGGCCCAGAUGUGAGCCUGACUCUCUUAUUCGUAAUCUUCUUAGCUCAUGGUGCCUCUUUUGAUGGAACUGCUGCCAACCCUGUAGCCUCACUUCAGGAAUUUCUAGCUUUGGAUUGUUCUUUUGUAGGCAGUAUUGUUAAAAUUUUGGCUCAGUUUCUAGGGAUGGAAGCAGCUUGUGUUUUUACCAAGAAGUAUUGGUCCAAGGAAUUUACUCACUUCCAUAUGAUCCAGAACUUAAUGGCCCAGGAUUGCAGCUCAUCUCUCAAUACUUCUAUCUCCCAAGGCAUUUUUGUAGAAGGCAUGGGUUCCUUUCUUUUCCAGUUAAUUAUUCUCAAGCUUCACACCUGCUCUCCCAUGUACAGAGUUCCUAUUGUGGCGCUCAGUAUCACUGCCUUGACCUAUACAGCUGCACCUGUCACAGGUGCCUUUUUUAACCCUGCCUUGGCUUCUGCUGUGACCUUUUCCUGCUCGGGAAACAGUUUACUGGAGUAUAUGCAAGUUUAUUGGCUGGCACCCAUCUCAGGAAUGCUGUUAGCCCUCUUUGUAUAUCAAGGAAAUAUUCCACGCUUCUUCCAGACAAACCUGCUUUAUAGUCAAAAGAAAAAAUACAGAAUAUUUAAAGGGAAAGUAACGUCAAACUCUGUUGUUGAAGAGAGGCAGACAAAAACAGAGAAGAAGAACAGCAGUUCUGGACUGAUUAACUGAACAGAGCAAAAAGGAUUAACAUUGCUGGAUGGGAGGCAAAAGCUACUUUUCUGUGUAAAUGGCAAAUGAGGCUUAGAAAGAGCAGUUCACAUGAUGUUAUGCUGUUCCCCAAACUGGGACCUUCAAAUUUGUCAAAUUUUUCAAAUUUCAACUCUCAUAAUUUCUAGCCAGCAUGAAACGUGUACUAUGACUUUUAAUUGUGAGAGUUCUAGCCCAAAAUAUUAACCAGCAGAAAGUUGAUGAAAAGUGUACUAUUCAUGUACGAUGCACAAAAUAACAGCCUUUUGCCAAUUGUUACAAAGGCAUGCAUUCAUUAUUCUAAUAGGACUUUAAUGCUAUUUUAUGUUUAGGCCAUUAUCUGAGGAAAGUGGCUAUUCCUAGGUAGCAGAGAUGUUCUUCAAACUAUGGUAUGCUUUUGAACAGAUAAAUAUCUUUAUGGUAUGGCUUGAAAUGAAUAGUGAAAUUUGAACAAAUGUAUUAAUAUAUGUUUGAUGUGGAAUUGCAUUUGUGAUUUCCUAUGAAAAAGUAAAAUGUUACAUGAGAUAAAAUGUAAUAUGGCCCUUCUUUUCAGGCUCUUCUUGAAAUUUAAUUAAUACAAGCAGCAAUCUGGGUUUUUUUAAUGCAGUUAUCCCUAUCUAAUGCUCACAAUAAUUUGGCUAUCAUUUCUGAUUUCUUGUUAUGCGCAUUUCUGAUAUGCGCAUAAUAAGCAUAUAGAAUACAAUUGUGCCAUAUUCUCCAAGGUCCUCUUUUGGUGACGUAUGAAAUAUCCUUAGUCAAAUGUUAAUCCUUAGUCAAAUGUUAAUCUUAAUCCUUAGUCAAACAAUACAGUGAUAAAAGAUACCCGGAGCUGAGUGGUACAGUACUGGGAUUCAAUUUCGGUCUCUACCAAUUCGCUCGUGGGUGCGCUCACACAUGCGCACGCCACUUCUGCAGAUGCGCAGAGACGUCCAGGUGGGUGGGUGGGCAGAGCCUCCUGCCACUGUCGGUUCGCUUGAUCCGUGGCGAACCGGUAGCAACCCACCACUGGAAUGGUAUUGCUUUCAGAGAAUCUGGCUUCCCAUUAAGUUUGCUUGGCAGAAUGCUGCAAAAGGGGAUCACAUGAUCGCAGGGCACUGCAAUCAUCAUAAAUAUGAGUCAACUGCGAAGCAAAUGUAUUCUAAUCACGUGACCAUGGGGAUGCUGCAAUGGUCAUAAGUGUGAAAACAGUCAUAAAUCACUUUUUUUCAGUGCCAUUGUAAUUUCAGUCAUUAAAUGAACUGUUGUAAAUCAGGGAUUACCUGUAAAUGUUUUAAAUAAGUAAAUAAAAACUGAGUUAAAAUA